GGGAGGCUCACCUACCCUGCUCUCUGCUUCCUUCUCUCCACAUCCCUCUCUGUGCUUACAGCCUCCAUGCCUCCCAAAAAGCCAGAUCCCAAGAAGGAUGAGGCCAAGGCAGCCCACAAGGGAGCCCCAGCUCCUGCACCUGCACCCGCACCUGCACCUGCACCUGCACCAGAGCCCCCCAAGGAAGCUGAGUUUGAUGCCUCCAAGAUCAAGAUCGAGUUUACACCGGAGCAGAUUGAAGAGUUCAAGGAAGCCUUCAUGCUGUUCGACCGCACACCCAAGUGUGAGAUGAAGAUCACGUACGGGCAGUGUGGGGACGUCCUGCGGGCCCUGGGCCAGAACCCUACACAGGCCGAGGUGCUCCGAGUCCUGGGGAGGCCAAAGCAGGAAGAGCUUAACUCCAAGAUGAUGGACUUUAACACGUUCCUGCCUAUGCUCCAGCACAUUGCCAAGAACAAGGACACGGCCACCUACGAGGACUUCGUGGAGGGGCUGAGGGUCUUCGACAAGGAGGGCAACGGCACGGUCAUGGGCGCCGAGCUCCGCCACGUGCUGGCCACGCUGGGUGAGAGGCUGACAGAAGAUGAGGUGGAGAAGUUGAUGGCUGGGCAAGAGGACCCCAAUGGCUGCAUCAACUACGAAGCAUUUGUCAAGCACAUUAUGGCCAGCUGAACCUCUCGCCCCAGGGAGCCCAGGGGAGGCUGCGCUGGGAACGGCUCAUCUUCCACUCGUGAUGCUGACGCCAGCGGCCUGGAGUUUGUGGGGCGGAGGGGAGCACAUCGAGACUC